CAAAGUAUUAUCCAUUCUUCGUGAACAACUUGGGUUAGAUUUAAAAUCCUAGGUCAACCUCAUUCCAGAAUAGUUAUGAGGUUUCCAAUCCUAAACAAAGUUAAGGUAGUGUGGGAUUCGUGUAAUAUCCAAGGUUUCAUAAUCUUAAGCCUCUUUCUACAAACCUGUUUAGUUUUGUUUGCACCUUUGAGAAAACGAACCACAAGCAGAUGGAUGAUUAUGUUUAUAUGGUCAGCAUACUCAGCAGCUGAUUGGGCAGCCAAUUUUAUUGUUGGUUUGAUCACCAACAGUGUACUUGAGUCGUCUGGUCUAGAUGAGAAAGACGAUCUUCUGGCCUUCUGGGCUCCGUUUCUUUUGUUGCACCUUGGAGGCCAGGACACCAUCACCGCCUUUGCCCUCGAGGACAAUGAACUCUGGAUGAGGUGCUGCCAGCGCGCACAGGCUCUGUAUCUUGCAAGUUUAGAGAAUUUUCGGGAGUCCCUGCUUGCAGAGCCUUUCACCGGCCCAACUUAUGCUGAGCUAUUAGACGACAUUCGAUCCAGAGUGAUGUCGAAUGCUCCUGAUGCAUGGGUGUGGCCUGUGUGGGCAAAAAGUACUCCCCAAGAACUUAAAGAUGUGCAUAAUGCAAAAGAAGGAAAGUUAACAGAAUUGGAGAUUGUGGGAUAUGCUUCCCGUUUUUUCUACUCCUUUCGGGCACUGGUGGUUGAUCAGAUCCUCGGUUUUGAAGAACGUGAAGAGAGCCGAGCCUUCUUUCUCAAGAGACGAGCAAAGGAUGCUUUUAAAAUAGUUGAGACCGAACUAAAUUUCUUCUACCAAGCUCUCUACACCAAGAUGCGUGUGUUGAAUUCUACAGCAGGAUAUAUUUGGCGUUUCCUCUCCUUUACUGCUGUUUUCACAAGCCUCGUAAUAGUAUUUUUUUUCAUUGAUGAAUUGAAGACAUUUCGCAAGCUAGAUAUUGCAGUAACUUACAUCAUGCUUGUUGGCGCCGUUUUCUUGGACACAAUUUCUUUCAUGAUGCUGCUCUUCACAGACUGGUCAAUUGCUAAAUUACGCGAUCAGUCCACACUCAAGUUCAGAGUCCUUAAACGCUUGUUCGAUCUCAAAAGAAAAUUAGUCAAGAGACAACCAGAAGAACACACCAAAAAUAGUGGCCGGUCUGUCUACAAUCUAGGCUUCCCUUGUAGAAUACUAUUCCGAAGAUGGUCAGGCUCUGUCCCCUCAUUCAAUCUCAUAGAUUAUUCGCGACAUCAGCGUUCAAAAACUUUGGAUAGAAUUAUUACCAUGUGGGGAGUUGGUGAUAUCUAUGACAGCAUUGUAUUCGUGUCUAGGCAGCCGUUUAAUGAAAAUUUACGCGAUUUCAUCUUUGAGGAGAUGUUAAGGAAAUCAAGGCUGAUGGACACUUUAAAAAGUGCCAAGGCCUUAAGUUUAGGCAGGGGGGAUUGGGUCCUUAAGGAUGGGGGUUGGGAUUCUUUGUUAACAUAUAUAGUUGACAUCGAUUUCGAUGACAGUCUCUUACUGUGGCACAUAGCCACUGAACUUUGUUACAAUUCUGAUGAUAUUGAAGUGAAUCGUGAUCAGCAGGAGUAUCGCCAGUACGCGAAGCUUCUCUCGGAUUACAUGAUAUACCUCCUCGUCAUGAAACCUGUGUUCAUAUCCGCGGUUGCAGGUAUUGCAAAAUCAAGAUUUCGAGACACGUGUGCGGAGACAAAGAGAUUUUUUCUAAAAUACGGAAAAGCACGUACAGAGGAAGAUCAUAAGUUCGCCUGUUCCUUGAUCCUCAGUGUAGAUGUAGACAUCAAACCGGUGAAUCUGAGAGGAGAUGGAAGUAAAUCUGUGUUGUUUGAUGCAUGCAUUUUGGCAAAGGAGUUGAACCGGCCAUGUUAUCCGAACCGAUGGGAGAUCAUGUGCAAGGUGUGGGUGGAAAUGAUGUUUUAUGCUGCGAUUCGGUGCAGAGCAUUCUCCCAUGUCCAGCAACUAAGCAAAGGCGGCGAGCUUCUAACUUUGAUAUGGAUUUUAAUGGCUCAUUUUGGCUUUGGACAGCAGUUUCAGAGGGAAAAUUAUCCAAAGCAAAAGCUUGGAGAAUAACUUGGGCAAGUUCCAAGUGUUAAUUUCUACGGAGAUAUAGUUAUCUCUUUACUAGCUACAUAGUUUUGUAAUCUAGCUACCAGCAAUGAUUCUUUACUUCCUUUGUAGUUUUUUCUAAGGGGGCCUUUUUAGAAGUAAAUCCUGGGUACGGACCACCCUACUAGACCCAAUACCAGAUAAAUCAAGUGUUUAUGCACCGGUAGAUAGCCCCCAAGAAAUAUAUGCCGCCGAUCAAGGGCAUCCAACUCCUAACCACAAAUUUCCUUUGUAGUUUUGAAACUGUUAUACAAAAUAAAUGUACAUUGUCAAUUGUACUUGUUUAUAUCA